AUGCUACAGUCGAUACGCGGCAACAUCGCCGCUCUGCAGCGACAGUGGGCUGUCAUCUCUGGUCAGCCAGACGGACCGACCAAGACCAACGCGCAGCAACACCUCGCCGCUCAGCUCAAGCGCUUGCAGAUGAUGGAGCAGUCGGCGAUUCAGUCGAUGGGCGCCCAUAUCCCACCAGGCGCGCAGCUCAAUCAGCAGCAGCAGCCGACACAGAUGGGCAUCCAGCCGCAGCAACAGCAACAGCAGCAGCAAAAUGCCCUGAUGCAAGGACUCAACCCAGCACAACUCGCCCAGAUGCAAUCCCAACAGGGCAUGAACGGUCUCGGCAUGGAUUCGAACUUUGGAGCAUCACAGCAGAAUGACAUGAGUCAGCUUCAGCAACAACAACAACAACAACAGCAGCAGCAGCAGCAGCAGCAACAACAACAACAACAACAACAACAACAACAACAACAACAACAACAACAACAACAACAACCUCAACAGUCUCCUUUCGCGCAGCCCGGCAUGCAGGCGCAGCAGAUGCCAACACCACAGACACAAUCUCAGCAGCCAGGCUUCAAUCCAGCACAUAUGUCAGGCCCAAGCCAGUCUGCGCAGUCUGCCGGCGGGGCUCCCGGCAUGAAACGUGACUUUGUCGGAACUGUCCGCAACUUCAUGCAGCAACGCGGAACACCCUUUCCCCCACAACUCUCCCUUCGUUUCGUUGGUCCUGCGUCUUCCAACUUGCCCGGCGACACCAAAACGAUCGAGUUGCAAGCUCUCUUUGCCGCUGUCAUCCAUUCGGGAGGCUCUCAACGCGCAGCGCAGAUCCCUGGAUUCUGGGCUGUCAUCGCCAGCCGCCUCGGUCUCAAAGUAGGACCUCCAGAUGGCACACAAUCGGCGCCAGAUGCCGUGCCAAGUCCUGGCGAGGUUCCCGAUCGCCUGUCUGCCUUCUACCGAGAUCGUCUCUCCGCUUUCGAGCAGUUUUGGAUGUCGCGCAUGCCUCAACGACAGCCGAGCGGUCAGAGCGCGGCUGCCGGUUCUCCUGCUGCGUCCGGGCCCAAUGCCGGUGCGGUAGGUCCAACUAUGCAAGCAGCGGGGUCGCAGCAGUCCACAAACGCACAGUCGCAACAGAUGCAGCAGCAGCCUGGGCAACCGCCGCAGAACCCGCAGCAGCAACCGCAAACGCCAUCGCAGCAGCAACAGCAGCAGCAACAGCAUCAGCAACAACAGCAGCAACAGCAGGGGGGGCAGCCCAGUCAGCCUACCGCUGCGAAUCAGCCGGGCGCGCCUGGUCAGAUCACCCCAGCGAAUCUCCCCGCCAACUUACACCAGCAGAUGCUUCAGCUUCAACAACUCGUGAGCAGCGGUCGCAUCACCUCGCAGCAGGCGCGCGAACGUUUUGUUGCCAUGCAGCAGGCUACGCGUCAGAUGAUGGUCAAGCAGCAGCAGCAGCAGCAGCAGCAGCAGCAGCAGCAAACACAGGCUGGAUCGUCGAGCGACGCAUCUCAAGGUCAGCAGCAGCAGCCACAACAACAGCAACAAGUCCCUCCUGCAAUGCAAAACGGUCCUCAAGGAUUUACUGGAAUGCCACAAAUGCCCCAGACGCAGCCAUCGCCAGUUUCUGCCCAACGCUCGACGCCUGGUCAAGCUUCUCCCGCCCCGAAUCAGGGCCUGCCAGGCACCAUGCCGGGAGCUGCGCCCGGUCUCUUCAGCGAUCCGGCCGCCAUGCUCGCUCAGCAACAGCAACAGCAACAGCAACAGCAGCAAUUUCAGCAACAUGCACAAAUUGCCGGACAUGCUGGCGCUGAUGGCGUUCCGGCUUGGCCUUCUCAAGCGCCCACAGGCAUGCCACCUUCUCCCACCAAGCCUCAAGCCAUCAACGGGGCGGGUCCAAAGACACCGAUCACAGCGGUCAAGCCAGAUCCCAAGCAGUCCAAGAAGAAGCGCAAGAAGACUGAGAGCGGCAUGCCAACGCCAUUGCCGACAGGCGUGGGCGCGGACGUGAAACCGCCUAUGCCGCAGCUCGCCGAUCAAGCAAGCGGUCCUGGUGCGAUGGGCCAGCCGCCAGUCGGAAUGCAACCAGCUUCGCCCGCGCCGCCACCUCAAGCAGAGAAGCAGGUGAUUCCGGGAACGUCUCAACCCGUCGGCCCUCCCGCUCCUCCUCAGAAGCACAAGAUCGAAUACCUUCCUCUCCGUCGCGACGUUCAGACGCACGGAGGGUGGGAUCUCACGCUGGCCGAAUCGCAGUACGCACCAGCGAUGGUGUCACGGGGCCGUCCCAGGACGCUGCGGGAGCUCGGUCUGGUGGAUGUGCAGGGCCUCAUCAUGUCGUUGCGUUCGCGUCUCGACUACGAGGUCUCGUACGCGCUCAACACGCUGCUCAUCCUGUCGGCCGGCGUCGGUGCUGCGCCCAACUUUCAGUUCGGGUUGGCCUCGUGCGAGGAUCUGCUCGAAGAGUUGCUGGACUUGCUUGAAGAGACCAGCUUCCAGGGCAAGCCAGAGGCUGUUGCAGAGCACAGCCUGGACUUAGUGCUGGGUUUGCGGAACGGCACCAACGGCGAAAGCUCGCGUCGGCCGGCCAAGCGGUCGCGCCGAGAGGGACAUCUCGAGUCUCUGCCGACGUACCGCGAUUGGAUCGCCGCCGCAGCAGAAGAGGAGGCCGAGCUGAAGAUCUGGAGGCGCAGAAAAGCGGUACGCUCACGUUCCACGGCAGGAAGUGUACUCAACGGAAGCAGCGAGGUCGAUUCCGUGGCCGGUCUGUCGUCAGCAGCCUCAUCGAGCCUCGACGGACCGGAUGCGACCAUCUCGACCAACGGCGUAGAGUCGGAGCAAGAGCGGUCGACGGAGCAACGAGCCAUGACAGCCUUGACGAUACUGACGAUCAUCAAGAACUUCAGUGUCAUGCCAGAGAACAUGUACUUUUUCAACCACACGCCGAAGCUGCUGCAGGUGCUGGCGCGGCUCUGCCGGAGCGAUGCCGAGCGGGCACGAGCAGCACACGAUGGUGAGGCGGAGACGGAUGCAGAAGCGGAUGGCGACGACGAGACGGUGUUUACGACGAUGGAGGCGCUGCGGGUGCGCAAAGAGGUGCUGGUGAUCGUGUCCAACUUGGCGGGCGAGGCGCUUGCUCUGCGAGACCAAAGUGCUGAGACGGUCAAGGCGCUGUUUGAGCUGCUUGCAUCGUUUAUCCUGGAAUCUGGCGAGGUGGAAGAGAUGGACCACGCAGCUGAGAUCGCCGAGCUGGCAGCGACGCUUCCACCAGGUGCUCCUGCACCACCUGUCAUCCGACGCAUUCCUUACCACGCUGACCUCGCACUCGACGCGCUGUCCAAGCUAGCGUUGCCGGAUGACAAUCGAGAGGUGCUGGGAUCGAUGAUCUCGGGAGCUAGUUUAGAAGGCUUGGUAUCGGAGAUGGUGAGGAUGCUGCCCAUGACAGAGUCGGAUUUCAAGGUGCUCAACACGGAACACCGGUUGGGCUACUGCGAGAGGCUGGCGAUGUGUCUGUACAACGUGGCUUUCCUAGCGCCGCCAAACGUCAAGCUGCGACUGCGCGCCAUCCCCGGAUUGAGCGGGAUCGUACUUCGGAUUGUCAAGAAGCUGUCGAGGGCGACGCCCGAAUUUUCGCGCAACCCAUUCUCGGUGCUCUGCCGCCGACUGGUGGAGGCGCUGCGGCUGAUUUCGGAUGGAAACGACAUGUUUGGCGCGCCGGCGUUGUUAGGGUUUGGGUUUGGGGAGGGAGCAGCAGCGGCGGCGGUGGGCGGCAAGAGGCAGAUCGGGUUGCUGUUGGGCGACGAGGAGGGCGUAGUGGAGAUCCUGGGGACGAACGAACUGGAUGCCGUGUUGGGGGAUGAGUUGUUUGCGUUGAUUGCGAGUGGAUGA